AUGGACUCCGGCGAGCAAGCGGCGGAGGAGUCAUCGGCCAAUCGCCGGGAGCGCCUCCUCGCCCUCCGCUCCGCCGCCGCCGCCGCCGGUUCCUCCUCCUCUUCGCCAUCUGCCGCGCCGCCUCCCCUGCCGCCGCCGGCCUGGGAUCUCCCGGAGCCCGACCUGACGCCCUCCUCCGCCCCGCGCCCGCCCGCGCGGUUCGGGUUCUACACCAACCCCGGCGCGGCCUUCUCCUCCGCCGCCGCCCCGCACAAGCGCAAGAGCCCCGACACCCUGCUGGGCCCCUCUCCCGCUCCAGCUCCGCCUCACGGUAGAUCUGGGAACUAUGGUAACAACUAUCCUCCACACCAGCACCAUAUGGCCCCAUCCCAGAUGGAACCGGCUCCACCAGGGACUGGUCCAUGGAGAAGUCCUAUGCAGUUCCAGACUCCAAUGUCAGAAUAUGGAGGAGCACCUCCUGGUCCUCCACCUCACUGGAACCCACAUUCUACUUCUCCAGCUCAAGAUUAUUAUCCACGUUCGCCCAACUUUGGGUUCAGAGGCUCUAAUGUUGGCCGAGGGGGCAACCAGAUGAAUUAUGGACCAAGAGGUAGCCCGGUGAAUUAUGGACCAAGAGGUAGCCCGAUGAACUACUCACCAAGAGGUAGCCCAAUGAAUUAUGAACCAAGAGGUAGCCCAAUGAAUUAUGAACCAAGAGGUAGCCCAAUGAAUUAUGAACCAAGAGGUAGCCCGAUGAAUUAUGGACCAAGAGGUAGCCCGUGCUCAUCUUCUGGACGAGGCAGGGGCGAGAACUACUACAGCGGCCCAGGCUCAAGAGGAAGAGGGGGAAGGGGUGGCUCGGGUUUUCAGAACCAUUCUGGAGGGCAAGGUCAGAUGAACUACUACUACAAGUCCAUGGUUGAUGAUCCUUGGAAGAACUUGCGACCUAUUGUUGGCAGCAUACUUCCUACUGGUGGUGGUGGUGCCAAGCCCUGGCAUCAAGAACCAUUUCGUACAAAGAUAGAUAAUAAAGCUGAUCAAGGCCGAGUUAUAUCAACGAAUAAACCUGAUCAAGGCCAAGUUAUAUCAACGUCAACAUCAGGAUUGAGUCUGGCAGAAUACCUUGACUUGUCUUUCAAUGAGGUUUCUAAUGAGACGUAAGCUCAUGUUCCGGGGUUCUUUUUAGCAUAAACUAUUUUAUGAUUAGGAUUGCUGUUGUUCACAGCAUAUAUUUGUCUCUUUCUAAUUUAUUUUCCUAUGUAAUACUGCUUUCUUUGGACUAGAUAUGUGCAUGUCAAGUGCAAUAUUUGUUGUACUGUGUAUGAACUUAUGGCCAUGUUGUACCUUGAUUUAGUAUUAUGUAAGGCACUACAAAUGGGAAAUCAUUUAGACGCACCA